AUGGCGUCGACACUCCCCGCUCUUAGGAGAACUAGCAGUGCCGUCAGCCACGCCAAUGGUGAAGGUCUGCAGCACCGGAGAUCCCUUUCGACAAUACCGUCCAUCCGCCCCGGCCGCUCUCCACAGCCGCCUACCGCAAGGAUCUCCGAGACGGACCGGAUUUCCGACCCGAGUCUCAAGAGUAAGGCGCCGUCGACAGCCACGGGCGCAUCCUCCCAGCACAGCUCCUUGUCCUCCAACGCACAACCUCGCCACAGUGGCGCCCUGCGCCGGCCGCACAAGCUACGCUCCCAAUAUCCUCGCGGAAGCACCGAGAAUCACGUCGAGUACAUCCUCGUGGCGUCCUUCGACAUCGACCGCGGCCCGGUCAUGGAACACCAGUAUCCAGUGGCUAUCACGGGCGACGAGCACAUGCUUGCCGAGCUCAUGCUGCCGGACCAAGCUCACGUUAGAAACCAAGACUGGACUAUCUUCUUUUUGCACAAGGACACCAGCCAAGAAGAGGACGACGCCGAGAGGUUUGCGAAGGAAGAGAGGCGGGCCAGGAGAAACAGGAAGCCCGACCGGGCGAAGGGAAUAAUACACGAAUCGGACGAUGAAGAAGACGAAGAUGACGACCUGGAAGAUGACGACUGGGACGAUGUUAUGUCGGCCGAUUCGGAGCCUGACCUCGAAGGCCCGCCGCUGGUCUACGUCCUCAACCUGGUCAACACAAAACAAGACAAGACGGUCAAGAGAGGCGCAGUGGUCAAGGCGAUGGCUAUUUGCACCCGUCAUCCAUUUCUGCAUAUAUAUAAACCUCUGUUAUUACUCGCCCUAGAAGAGUAUUUCAAGGCGCCAGUGCCCGAGACAUUGGCCAUGCUGUACACUGCCGUGAACGAGAUGGACCUCUCACUGAUGCCGAAGUUGAGUCUUCUUGAGAGACACCUCCUGCAGUCGAGCGAGAACAAAGAUCUCUUUGUCGAGAAGUUCGAGGCCAUGAUUGAGGCCCGGAUAGCCGAGACGUCUGGGGUGGACGUUCAUCAACCGUUCGAUGCCAGCAGCGGCCCCCCACGGCGGCCGCCCAUCUUUCGGUCAGGGUCCAAAGCGCACAUUGAAGGGCACGCCGCUCAUGUGGUACCGCGGGACACGCACGAGUUUGAGAGCAAAGUCAUGUACAAGGGCAUUCCUAUUCCGAUCAAGGUUCCCGUGGCCGUCAUGCCCGAAAUCGUUGGCGACUUCUCCUUGAUCAAGCUAAUUCAGAACUUCUCCGACUCCCACUCCAAGACGCCACAGACAUUUCCCCUUCAUCCGCAUCUAACAACCAACGGCCCAAAUACCCACCCCAUCAUUGUACUGAUCAACGCGCUCUUGACGCAGAAGCGCAUCAUCUUUCUGGGACACAAUAUGCCAUCCGGGGAAGUGGCCGAGGCCGUCCUGGCUGCUUGCGCCCUCGCAUCGGGUGGUAUUCUCAGGGGCUUCACGCGGUACGCCUUCCCGUACACGGACCUGACCAAGGUCGACGACCUCCUAAGGGUGCCCGGGUUUAUCGCGGGCGUGACGAACCCAACCUUUGAGCACCACCCGGAAUGGUGGGAUCUGCUCUGCGACUUGCCGACGGGCAAGAUGAAGAUCAGCAGCAAGAUCGAGCCCGCUCCGAUCACGGAGGGGCUCGUCUACUUCCAGCAGCAAAACCCGGCGUACGCGAACCUGGUGCACACCUCGACCAGCGGCAGCGGGUCGUCCAGCAACAACGACCUCACCGGCGACGCCGCCUUCAUGGCCGACAUUCACCGGAGCAUCGCCUCGCGGGCCGGCGAGCGCGUCGUCCGAGCCAAGUGGAGGGCCUGGGUGCUCAAAUUCACUCGGAUCGCCGCCGCGUUUGAGGAGAGCGUGUACGGCGCCAGCGCCCUCUACAUUGGCAGCGACGAGCAGGAGGCCAAUCUCACGGGCGGCGCCGCCGCCCAGGGUCACGGCUACGUGUGGGUCGACGAGGCGACCAAGGCGAGGGAGCUCGCGGGCAACGUGACGCGGAUCGAAGGGUGGCGGAACACGAGGAGCUACUACAGUUUCAUUCAGGAUGUCGCCCGCCUCUACACAAUCCGUCCGCUCAAGGGCCUCGACCUAGCGCACCUGCACGACCGCCUGCGCACGCAGCGCCUCAGCCCACCGCAGAGCCGCGAAAUAUACGAGACGCUCGCCCAGUACGUGCGCUCGUACGACGAGAUCUGUCUCCUGUUGAGCGUGGCGCCCGAGUCGCAGGCCGGGCUCUUCUACGUCGCGCUGGGGUUAUUCCACAAGGACCGCGACGUGCGCCACAAGACGGCCGAGCUGCUGGAGCGCAUUGCCGAGCACGAUGCCGGCCAGCACUGGUGGCGGUCGCUGAGCCGGUUCGAGAAGCUCGCUUAUGUGCGCAUCAAGAAGGAGGCCGAGGCGGAGGAGGCGAGAGCGAAGGUGGAGGAGAAGGAGGCGGGGUUUGGGGUGGUGACGGUGGGGGUGGAUAAGAGGGUUAGCUAG